CUUUAACCCGAGUACAGCCGAGGGCCCCGUCGUCGCCCUUCCUCUACCGGAUCAGCAGCAGACCGAGGACCCAGAGGCGAACACUGGAAGACCUUGAACUAGAAUCACCAGAUUGGAGGCUCCAGCUUGAAUUCAUUCUCCAAACAUCCACUUUGGAAAAGAGGAAGAGACAGAAAACAGCAUGUCGGAGCAAGUAGCCUUGAGCCGGACUGAGGUGUGUGGGAUUCUCCGGGAAGAGCUGUACCAGGGUGAUGCCUUCCACCAGUCAGACACACACAUAUUCAUCAUUAUGGGAGCCUCGGGUGACUUAGCCAAGAAGAAAAUCUAUCCUACGAUCUGGUGGCUGUUCCGUGAUGGGCUCCUCCCCGAAGAUACCUUCAUUGUGGGCUAUGCCCGCUCAAACCUCACUGUGGAUGACAUCCAAAAGCAAAGCGAGCCCUAUUUUAAGGCCACUCCAGAUGAGAAGCUGAAGCUGGAGGAGUUCUUCUCUCGAAAUUCCUAUGUGGCAGGCCAAUAUGAUGAGCCAGCCUCCUUUCAUCGUCUCAAUUCACACAUGAACUCCCUGCAUCAUGGGCCACAGGCCAACCGCCUCUUCUACCUAGCCUUGCCACCCACUGUCUAUGAAGCUGUCACUAAGAACAUCAAAGAGAUUUGCAUGAGCCAGGUAGGCUGGAACCGGGUCAUCGUGGAGAAGCCUUUUGGAAAGGAUCUUCAGAGCUCUGACAAGCUGUCAAACCACAUUUCCUCGCUCUUCUAUGAGGACCAGAUCUACCGGAUUGAUCACUACCUGGGCAAGGAGAUGGUACAGAACCUCAUGGUGCUAAGAUUUGGUAACAGGAUCUUUGGACCAAUCUGGAAUCGAGACAACAUUGCCUGUGUCAUCCUCACCUUCAAGGAGCCCUUUGGCACUCUUGGCCGAGGGGGUUAUUUUGAUGAGUUUGGGAUCAUUCGAGACGUGAUGCAGAACCACCUCUUGCAGAUGCUUUGCCUAGUGGCCAUGGAAAAGCCUGCCUCCACCAACUCUGAUGACGUCCGGGAUGAAAAGGUAAAGGUCCUGAAGUGUAUCUCAGAGGUGAGAACAACUGAUGUGGUCUUGGGCCAGUAUGUGGGGAACCCAGAUGGAGAAGGGGAAGCCACCAAAGGCUAUCUGGAUGACCCCACAGUGCCCCAGGGCUCCACCACUGCCACCUUUGCUGCUGUGGUCCUCUAUGUGGAAAAUGAAAGAUGGGACGGAGUCCCAUUUAUCCUCCGCUGCGGAAAGGCCCUGAAUGAACGCAAAGCAGAGGUGCGGCUACAGUUCCAGGAUGUGGCUGGUGACAUCUUCCAGCGCCAGUGUAAACGAAAUGAGCUGGUGAUCCGCGUGCAGCCCAAUGAGGCUGUCUACACCAAGAUGAUGACCAAGAAGCCAGGAAUGUUCUUCAACCCCGAAGAGUCUGAGCUGGACCUGACCUAUGGCAACAGAUAUAAAGAUGUGAAGCUGCCCGAUGCUUAUGAGCGCCUUAUCCUGGACGUCUUCUGUGGGAACCAGAUGCACUUUGUGCGCAGUGACGAGCUUCGGGAAGCCUGGAGGAUCUUUACACCCCUGCUGCACCACAUCGAGAGGGAGAAAACCCAGCCCAUUGCCUAUGUCUAUGGCAGCCGAGGCCCUCCCGAAGCGGAUGAACUGAUGAAGAGAGUGGGUUUCCAGUACGAGGGCACCUACAAGUGGGUAAACCCCCACAAGCUCUGAGGCAGCCUGGCAGUCUGCUAGCUGCCUCCCCCUUGUUCCCCAUCCCCAGUCUCCAUGCUCAUCGUCUCAGCACAUUGGCCUCGCUUCGGGUCUGUCUGUCCUCUCUCUGCCCAUCCCCUGUUUAUGUUCUACUCACCUACCAACUCUUGGAACCACGGGACCAUGGGACCAGGAGCCCGGCCCUGGGGGAGAGGGAGGGCCCCACUGAGAGAUUCCUUGGCCCUCUCUACUCCCAGCAGCCUGGGGAACCCAGCCACCACCUCCUCAGCCAGCCCUGUUUACAGCUGCAUUGGAUCUGCUAUUCAGCAGCUACCAGACAUGCUUCCACCUGCUUGAGCUCCCAAAGCCAGUUACAUUCCAAUAGCAGCCGCUGAAGGUGGCCUUUGUUUCCCUUCAAGACUGCAGCUUUAUGAAUACAGAGAAUUACCAGUC